AUGAAUAAUAUAAAAAGAAAAAUAUUUUUUAUUAAAAUUCAACUUUAAUUAAUUUAAAUAAAAUCCUUCUUUCCUUCCAUUUUUCUCCAUAAUAUUUCUUAAAGAAAUUUGAUAAUAAAAUAUAUCUAAGGUGUAGAAAUUGUAACUAAGAGAUUAUCACGGAAGUCAGUCUUUACAUCAAACUUUUUAUUUUAGAAACAUUUAAAUGAAAUAGUACUUAUAAGUAUUAUUAAUAUAAUAAAUAUUUUGACAGGGGAGAAGAUGAUGAUCAAAUUUAUAUUUGAGAAAAUAGAGGAUUUCAAAUUUAAUGAACUCCUCUAUAAUCUCAGAUAAAGUAAAAAGGAACUUGUGAUUGUUAAUAAUUUCUAAACUCCCUUAUUUCCAUUUAUUCGAAGAAAUGUUCAAAGUUCUGAAACAAGUACUCGAAUCUUUUUUAAUUUAAGUUUGGUUAAUUAUGAAUGUUGAGUAAAAAAACAACUAAGACAAUUCUAAAUUUAAAGAUUAAGUGUUAAGAAAAAGGAGAGAAGAAAUAAAUAAUAUAUCUCAAUAUUCCCAUAUUGGAGAAUCAGUUCCAUAAAUCAAUAAAACAGAAUGA